AUUUAUUUAUGGCAUUUUUUGGGAAAGUCCUAUUGUUAGCAGCUCUAGCUGGUUACAGUUUCCUUUUAUUCACUGAUGUCCAAUUGGGAAAACAAUUUGAUGCUAAAUAUGCUGAAUUUUAGAAGAAUCAUCAUGUCAAAUCAUACAUAGCUCCUGAUUAUUUUAAAUUAUUGCCAGCAGUCUUAGCCAGACAAGUUAUUGCUGGACUUAUUGCAAGUUCUGCAUUGAUGUUCUUUUGCGGAUGUUUAGCCUUUUUCCCAGUCGUCGGACUCCUCUUGUAAGCAGCUAUAACAGCCAACCCAUUAAUUAACAAUGAUUAGUCUACUUAAAUCGAAUUGUUGAAAACCUUAGCCUUAGUUGGAGGAUUAUUGUUAUGGUCAUCAUCCAAUUGCGCAGCCAAAAAAGUAAACAAAGUCAAACAAGAAUGAUAAUAUAAUUUAGGUCAUUUUAAAAUUAAACAAAUCUUAAGAAAUACUAUUUUA